AUGACCCAUUACGAAAAAGGUAGCGAUCACCCCAGUGAGAAGACUGGGUCGAGCAUCCACAGCUGCAUUGAAUUGCAUUGCGGCAGCAACAACACUUGCGCCUACGUUCAACCCGAGGAGACCGAUUUCAGGCCUGGCUCCAAAUUGCAGGUCUAUGCAGAAGUGUCUCGGCGCUUGCCUGAAGGUGGCUUGACUUCGUACAUUUGUCCCUCGAUGGUCUCCUUGAGCUUUGCUGGCUUCGGGUGUCAAGAAGGGGCACUGUUGUCGUUUGGACUUGUGCAUUUGGUGGUCAUUUUUUUCACGCUCUUUCUGGCCAUUUUGGUGGAGUUGUUCUUGCGACGGCACGUUGAUGUCUUCCUGGAGGUGGCUCUGGACAUCUCCAGCUCCAACGAAUUGGCGCCGCUGCCGUCCACCACGGAAUCUGGGCACAGAUGGCGAAGCCAAGCUCCACCUUUCGAUGAUCGCCUCAGAUAUGCUUAA